AAGAUUCAAAGGACCACAUGGUAAUUAUUUGGUGGACUCUUUAAUAAACACGAAUUUAAUUUAAAAAAAAAAAAUCUGAAUCGUCGUCGGUCUCUCUCUCUCGUCAAAACAAAAACCCUAACGUUCACAGAUCUCUCGAAGAUGAAAGGUGGUGAAACCAAAGCUCAAUCGAAGAGCACCGAUGAAAGAUUGAAAACGAGAGGAAAGAAAGCUGGAAAGAAAGCAGCCAAGGAUCCUAACAAGCCUAAGAGGCCUCCAAGUGCCUUCUUCGUCUUCCUGGAGGGGUUCCGUAAGGAGUUCAAUCUAGCUAACCCUGACAACAAAUCUGUCGGAGCUGUUGGUAAAGCUGCUGGAGCUAAAUGGAAAUCAAUGACUGAUGAAGACAAAGCUCCUUAUGUGGCCAAAGCAGAGACCAAGAAGACUGAAUAUACCAAGACUAUGCAAAAGUACAACAUGAAACUGGCUAAUGGAACUAGCACAGCUGGAGAUGAUGACUCUGACAAGUCCAAGUCCGAAGUCAACGAUGAGGCAGAAGGUGCAAGUGAAGAGGAGGAAGAUGAUGAUUAGGAGAUGGAUCAACCAGCGAUUUGUCUUUAUGGAGUAUCUUCUGUUGUACUGUUAUUAGCUGCUAGUUUUUAGUGACUAUUGCUAUGCUUUCCCCUCCUUUAUGUUAACUGGGAUGUAUUCGUAAUCUUCUUCAACUUCUCAUGACAACUUUGAAUUUAGCUUUGAUCUUUGUCUCUACUCUUUUAAACGAUGGUAUUAUUUAUUUGCAUGCAUCUAAUUCCGGCUU